AUGGAGGCGGAACUGCAGGCUCAGAUCCCCGGACUUGACCGUGUGGUUACAGAGUAUUCAGUUGGCUAUUUGACUCAUGCUUCUGAAGCCUACGUUGAGGACGCAAAUGCGCCGUCCCCGCUAACCGAGGCCGCUGAUAUGGUCACAGAGCUACUGGUAUCUGCAUCGGGUGACUUCUCAGACCAGAACCAAGAAGCCAUCCGCGACCUCGUCGAGAAAUUCAUCUCAUCACUUGGUGCAUCAGACGGCGUCGACGCAGAGCGCAGGCAGAUGCCCUUUGCCGCCAAAAAGCUCGACCAGGCAAUCAAUGUCGGAUCCCAGCGCAACAUCUCCUCGACUCUGGGCCUUGCUGGAGGAAAUGUCGACUUGGAGUCUGUAGGUACGCGAAAGAUGGAAUCCCGCGUUGACCGUAAGAAGCUGGAGAAGGCCGAGCGCAAGAUUCGCGCCAAACAGGAGAAGAAGCAGAUGAAGACUGUGCAGUACGAAGCAUCACGCUUGCUCGACGAGCCGGACGCCGCCUUGUCAUACGAGGAGUUCUACAUGGCUGUCAACCCCCUUCAGUUAGGAUCGGAUUCUCAGGCAAAGAGCAAGGACAUCAAGCUCGAUGGAAUCGAUAUCUCUAUUGGCGGCAACCGCAUUCUUACAGAUGCUGCGUUUACCCUGGCGUAUGGUCGUCGGUAUGGUCUUGUUGGUCAGAACGGUAUCGGUAAGAGUACGCUUCUUCGCGCUCUAAGUCGCAGAGAAGUGGCCAUUCCUAGUCAUAUUUCGAUUCUCCACGUCGAACAAGAAAUCCGAGGUGAUGAUACUCCGGCUAUUCAAGCCGUUUUGGAUGCGGACGUGUGGCGCAAGCGCCUCCUUGCUGAUCAAGAUAAAAUCACCAAACAACUCGCAGCCAUUGAAGCAGAGAGAUCGUCAAUGGCCGAUACAUCUAAAGAUGCUGCCAGACUUGAUCACGAGCGAGAGGGUCUUGACAUCACACUCAACGAUAUCCACGCAAAACUUGCAGAGAUGGAAUCAGACAAGGCAGAAUCACGAGCAGCUAGUAUCUUGGCUGGUCUUGGUUUCUCCCCUGAAAGACAGCAAUAUGCGACAAAGACAUUCUCUGGUGGUUGGCGUAUGCGUCUCGCCCUGGCUCGAGCUCUGUUUUGUGAACCUGACCUACUUCUUCUGGACGAACCGUCCAACAUGUUGGAUGUGCCAUCUAUUACUUUCUUGUCCAAUUACCUGCAAGGAUAUCCAAGCACUGUUCUAGUUGUUUCUCACGACAGAGCGUUCUUGAACGAAGUUGCCACUGAUAUUAUUCAUCAACACUCUGAACGUCUCGACUACUACAAGGGAGCCAACUUUGAUUCCUUUUACGCAACAAAGGAGGAGAGGAAGAAGAACGCCAAGCGCGAGUAUGAGAAACAAAUGGCUGAACGGGCGCAUCUGCAAGCGUUCAUCGAUAAAUUCCGAUACAACGCCGCCAAGUCAUCCGAAGCGCAGUCAAGAAUUAAGAAGCUGGAGAGGAUGCCUGUCCUCACUCCGCCAGAAAGCGACUAUGUCGUGCACUUCAAGUUCCCAGAUGUCGAGAAGCUUUCUCCACCAAUUGUGCAAAUGACCGAUGUCUGCUUCGGAUACACAAAAGAAAAGCCCCUAUUGAAGAACGUCGAUCUCGAUGUACAACUCGACUCGCGUAUUGGUAUCGUCGGACCCAACGGUGCCGGUAAGACGACAGUGCUGAAACUGCUCACCGGCGCACUCGAACCUACCUCCGGUCUCAUGUCGCAGCACGGCAAACUUCGCAUCGGAUACUUUGCGCAGCACCACGUCGAUGCUCUGGACAUGACCACCAGCGCUGUGAGCUUCAUGGCAAAGACAUAUCCUGGAAAGACAGACGAAGAGUAUCGUCGUCACCUCGGAGCUUUCGGUAUAACCGGCAUGACCGGUCUCCAGCGCAUGGAGCUGCUCUCCGGAGGUCAAAAAUCCCGUGUCGCCUUCGCGUGCUUGUCCCUGACGAACCCACAUAUUCUUGUUCUCGACGAACCGUCUAACCACUUGGAUAUUGAGGGUAUGGACGCGCUGUCCGAGGCGUUGCAGAGAUUCGAUGGUGGCGUUGUUAUGGUCUCUCACGACGUGACGAUGCUGCGGAAUGUCUGCACUAGCCUCUGGGUUUGUGACAAGGGAACGGUACAAAAGUUCGAUGGUACGGUUGACGCGUACAAAAAGAAGAUUAGUGCGCAGGCCAAUGAGGCUGGUGUUGCGGCGGCUCAUUAG